AUGUCUAAAGACUCUUUUGAAGAUGACGCUAACUUCGGGCACAAUCCCUUCUACUUGGUGCGGUCAACUCGUGGUGCAAAACAUGUGUUCACAACAUCGAACGAUGAUCGAGCCGUGGUGGAAGAUGCAAUAUACGCCUACCCACAGCAAAGCGUUGAUGAACCAAAAUCGACAGAAUCAAAGCGGUCCCUUCGAAACAAGGAGAUCCCACGAAUUCCUUCAGUUGCUGACUUUAUGCAAGAUGAACGACGAUGGGCUAUAGAGCAUUACCAAAACAUAGAAGCGGCAUUAAACAGUAGACGGAAGAUUAUGUAUACGGAUACAAAGAUGAUGGAAGUCUUCACAACAAUGUGUAAAUGCCCGUUUGAGAAGCGCCACCUGAAGCCGCUAAACUACAGGGAGUACAUUGGGUUGAGUCGAGCCGAUUUCAUUAUGCUAUACGACUAUACAAUUAGUUUCAUGGAUUUCAACGAAUUGGAACCUUCUCAAAAGAAUGUUCUCUAUCGCUAUGUGUGCGGUGUUGACUCGUUAAUGAAUACUGCCUACCUCACAACUCGUCUUGGUUUCGAAGACAAAAGGAUCGUGCUCAGUUCCUGUGAGUACAUCUGCAUUGAUCCGAUGCCAAUGUCUGGUGAUGAACCAUGGGCUCAACACCUUUUCAGCAGCAAAGAGGAUCAGAUCAAGUAUAAGUCGAUCAUCCCAUGGAAAGCUGCCCUUUGGUCCACUUUAGUAAUCCCUUUUCAUGAGCUAGACAUACAAUUCGAUGAGUUUUGUAUUUUGAAAGCCCUCACAUGUUGGCAUAUUAGUCAUUAUAAAUUCAAUGAAAACGGUCGCCGAGUCUGUGGUAGACAGCGGAAUCUCCUUAUCGGUUGCCUCACCGAUAUUUGCCGGCAGCGAGCCGAGGAUCCCUCAGAACGAGUCGGGAACUUGAUUCUCUACUUAUCUUGCGUCUUUAAAUCGACGCUGGCUGCAGCGAUUAACCUUCCAUGUCGUCAAUUGCCUCAUCGUCAAGUGACUGCUGCAAGCACACUGCAGCCAUAG